AUGCUUGGGAGAAAAAACGUACAGUUAGAUCCGUAUACCCUAGGACAAGCAAGUAACUGGAAAACGUAUGGUACAAUGUCAAACAAAGGGGGCAAUCGUGCUUUGACUCACAGAAAGUUUCGUGAUUUUUUGGCUGAAGUGGAUGCUACAUAUGGGGACCUGUUACUUCACACCGGUGUUCGUUGGUUAAGCGCCGGAAAGUGUUUGCAACGAUUUUUCGCUCUACGCAAGGAAAUUCCUAUUUUCCUUAAAAAUGAAGUGAAGUCCGACACUACGGAACUGGAAAAUCAAAUGGCAGAUGCACAAUUUUUAGCAGACCUUGCAUUUUUAACAGACAUGACAUCUCAUCUUAACGAACUGAAUUUGAAGCUACAAGGAAAGCAGCAGAAUAUUGCCAACUUAUUUGGACACAUAAAUGGUUGUAAAGAACAUUUCGAAGAAAUGAAGGAUUUUGAGGAAGUUUCGUAUUUACCUCAUAUAAAAUAUAUUGACACAAUUGCAGAAGAAUUCAAAAAUCGAUUUAGUGACUUUAAAAAAAUCGGAAGCGACAUUUCAGUUUUUACUCAGAUACUAACAAUUUCUGUUGUGAACGUAAGCAGAGCAGACCUUCAACUGGAAUUGUGUGAUUUGCAACCAGAUCCUUUCUACCAAGGAAGAACUGAAACUGGCUUGGACUUUUUUAAGUUACUGCCAGGAGAACGAUACCGCAACUUGCGAAACUUAGGACUUACAAUGGGAUCAAAGAUGGCAAGCACACAGCUAGAAGAGAAAACGAUAACUUGGAAAGGUUGGUUAUAUAAACGAGGAUUGAUACGCCGCUACCCAGUGCAGUCAAACUCGCUCUGCUACGCGCUGUCAGGAUGUAUCCUCUCACCUUAUACACCCGCCCACAGCUUGUCCGAAUUUAUCCGUUCUGCUAAGAAAUUACAGCAAGCAGAUAAUAGCACAAACCACGAAUUGGGCUAG